AUGCGACCUAUCAUUUGGAAACUCAUUAUCUCUUUAAGUUUUGUUCUUUGCUUCGUCUGGUACGGCAAAGAGCACUUUUAUCGCGACCCGGGUAGCGUUUUCUACGACAGGGAAAAUGCCUUUGAGGAGCGUUAUUCGCAACAUCGGAAGGGAGAAGUCAAUGAAUUUGUACAAUCAAGACUAACCGCCAACCCGGAUCAAUACUCAAAAUCUGGCCCUCGCCCAGCCCUCUGCGCAGCGUUUAGCUCAGUGCAAAGAAGGAGUACCCAAUACCUCGAAACCGCCUUAGGCAGCCUAGUCCACGGUCUGACACCGCACGAAAGAGAAGAUUUAUACCUUGCCGUUCUUAUCGCCGAGACCAACGCAUCAACACAUUCAAGCUGGGACAAGCAGUGGGUUCACGAUUUGGCCGACGAUGUUUUUACCUACAAUGUGUCGACUAAAGAGCAUGCUUACUUGAAUCGUCUUCAACAAACGAGCGAAUAUUCGGAGAAAGGCGUUUACGAUUAUAUCUACGCAUUAAGACGAUGCUUCGAGGCAGGGACACCGUACGUGGCGAUGUUGGAGGAUGACAUUAUCCUCGCCGACGGGUGGCUCGUCCGAACUUUGUCCAGCUUAAAGCAGAUCGCAUCUUCGGCAGAAGGCCCCUGGCUUUACAUGCGACUUUUCAACCAAGAGCGAUCUAUUGGAUGGGCAAAUCAAUACGUCGGAGGAAACAACGAGCACUGGAUUAUAUUUGGAAUUGGAUUAGCUCUGUCCAGCUCUGCGCUGUUCGCAAGGAAGAGAUGGAGAACGGCGCGAACUUGGAUCGAUAUUGAAACACUGUGCAUUGUGGUUUUGGUUCUGAAUCCCGCCUUGGUAAUAUUGUUCUUUCAGUCCGGGAAAGCUUCACUUCUGCCUCCGUCGCCGGGAGUUUUCGAGGAGCCAUUUGGUUGUUGCUCGCAGGCAAUGGUAUUUCCGAGAGAGAAGGUACCGAUGCUUGUGAGCUUCCUGGAAUCAAAGCAAAAAGGUCAAGUUGAUUUAUUGCUCAACGAUUUGGCUGAGGAGGAAGAGCUGGGUAGAUAUGCGAUGUAUCCAGUGCAGGCACAGCAUAUUGGUCUCGAGUCCGCUAGAAAGACGUUGAAGACGGAAGCACAGGCCAUUUGGAGUAUGGCUUUCGAAGAUCUCGAUGCGUCGGCACUGAGAAAAGAGCAUCUUCAGAUGGCUCAAAACUAUUACUCUCACUAA